AUGCCACACUUGAGCUUCUGCCCAGACUUUAGCUCACAGCAUGAAACGGGACAUGAUGGGGAUGCGAGGAGCCUCAAUUCUUGUCGCUAUGGUGGUGAUGUCGAAGACAAAAACUCAGAAAGAAUCGAUGAAGAUUUUGUGCGUGGACCAGAUGACAUCAGAAUGCAUAUUGGAAGCAAGUUGGAUUAUAUUGAGGAUAUUCCAGAGGCUUUCUGUUAUGAUUAUGUACCUAACACACCGAAUCCAGAGAUAUUGAUCGAUAACAGUGAAACAAUUCGAUUUCCGUUGUCCCGUCAUGAUAUUGACAAAAUCGUUGUGGCAAAUAAUUUGAAAACGACAAAUCCAUCAUGGAACAAGAUACAAGAGUCAAUCCUCCAGAAAGUGGGAGAAAAAUUGCGGUUAGGAUCAAGAAAGUUCGAUGCUACUUUGACCAAUCUAAUCCUAUCUGAAGACGGUACCAGUUGCGAAACUAAUGUCCCAGAGUUUUCCGCUCGUAAUUUCGCAACGUUGGAUAUCAUCUUACCGUCGACGCGGGCGGAAGAGAAAAUUGUUAUCAAAUCUAAGAAUGUCUGCAUCCAUGAACUCACAGGCCCAGAACCAUCAAACUGGGACAGCUCAUUCUUUUGUUGGGUUGAUCUUUCAAUUACAAGCACAGCACCCGUCUCCGGUCAUCGCCUAGCUCUACGCUAUUCUCUUCGUUAUACUUCGAUCAAAGACAUCACCUCCUUAACCGCCCAUGCUAAGCCUUCGAUCAAUUUACGAUCCACUCUACGUCAAUGGACUGAUAACACUAGUGUCGCUAAUAACAUCUUGACACAUGUACUGAAAAAGGAUUAUGGGAACAGAUGCUCAGACAAAGAUCUGAGAUGGGAUGAUUUGUUUGCGAUCACUCAACUCAAAGAUGUUUCAAAACACGUUGGUCUUUUCUUAUGCCUGGGUAGACUAAUCGUGACUCUUGAAGGUAUUACCAAACCUCCUGAAUUGGAUGGUAUUCGCCGUGGUGAGCGUAACAGGUACGAAAUUGAAACCACAAAAUACGAACUGGGUCGUUUGAAUUACCUGGAUGGUGAAAUAUUGUUCAAUGAACGUAAUUUUGAAGUGGAAAGCUGCAUUCAAAACAUCAAGGAUAUUUUUGAUGGCGGUCUAUCCGAUGAUCGACAAUUGGACUUCAACAAUAAGCCUUUCUAUCAGCCUUUCCAUCAACGGUACCAUCGGACGGUAGAAAAUUCUUUCAAAAACUACAUUGCUUGGUCUAGCUUGCUAUAA